AUGGAAAGUGAGUUACAAGAGGUGUGUCUAGAGGUAGAGUUGACAUCACGUCAAGGGUUAAAAAAUAGCUUAGAGUGUAUGACAGCAGAAACUCUAAGAGUAUUAUGUCAGGCUGAAGGUUUUUCAGAGGUGGGGGCAAAAAAGGAGUUAGUUGAGAGGUUAGUAGGGAGAGUAGUUAGUAAAGCAAAAGGGAAAGGAAGAGUGGAAGGCUGUAGUCAGGAUAGGGAUUUCUGGGAUGAGAGGAUGAGUUUAGAGUCGGAGGAUGUAGUUCGUGAUACAGAUGAAAAAAGAAUAGAAAAUGAGGCUAAUGCUGAAGUUCAAAAUGACUCUCUGUCUGAUUCACGAUAUAUUGUAUUAGAGAAAUUAUUAGAAAAGACUGUACAGGCAACUUUAGGAAAGGCAUUAGAGGAUUUUAAAAGUGGUGCAAGCUUGGAAGCUACUAGAGCCUUUAUGCUGAGAGUAGCCAACAAGGAGAGAUGGAAUGUUGCUGCGAGUAUUAAGAAUCCAGCGAAUGAUGACCCCAUAGAAGCUUAUUUUCAUGAGAAAUUGGCCAAUGCUAGGCAAUCAGCCAGAAAUAAGUGA